AUGGAGAUUACUGCUUUCUUAAAUCCGCUCAUCCCGCUAUCUUCGCCAUUCGGUUCCUCGAAUUCAUCACCAUCUUCGCUUGCCUUGAUGUCGCUUGGCUCUCCUUCUGGCGCAGGAGCUGGAGAUGGGAAAUACUCUGUCUCUGGCUCGGAAUCAUCGUCUGAAUCGUCAUCGGAUGGAGCAGGAACAGGUGCUGAUACAGGAGACGGCGAAGGAGAUGGUGAUGGAGAAGAGUCCGGUUGCGGUGAUAAAGCCGGUGACUUAGAGGAUUUCGAUUGUGAUGAUGAUGAGGAUGGUGACUUAGAGGAUUUCGGUUGUGGUGAUGAAGACGGUGGGGGAGGAGAGUCAGCGAGAAACUCAGGAUCGGGCGAGAGAGCCGGGGAUGGCUCAGGUGAUUCCUCUUGA